UCAGUUGUGCAGCCAAUCGUCGCGAAGUCUCUCCUGCGGUGGCCAGUAGUUCUCUGUGUUUCUGUAAGUCAGUAUGAGUCGUGCGCUAAGUUUGUCCGCCACUGUGCUGCUGGUGGUGGUGAUGGUGCCGCUGGUGAUCGGUGCACCGACUGUGCAUCUGCCGGACCUUUGGUACGACCGGAACUCGCCACCCGAUGGUGAAAACCCAUCCGGAACCGUCCCAGGCUCAGCAACGUCGACCGGACGGCCACACAGCGUCGAGCCGACGUGGAUCACCGUCACGAUGAAUCCUGCCGAGGCUCGGUACGAUCCACCCGGAGGCAGCAUCCUGAAGCCGAUGACCGCGAUGCCGUACGUCGCCUACGUUCCGGUUCCUCCUGUCCAGCACUACCGCCACGCGACCCCCGGUUGGCCCGGGUACUUCCCGGGUCCGCCCGUACUUCCGCCGCCCUAUCCUUACCACCAUCUCUGUGGCCAACAUGCGAACCAAGCCUACCGUCUGCUAUAAAGAAAGUGUUUAGUGACCGGAUCCCGUGUAGCGUGUUGCUUGCCACUGAGAACCGGGGACUCCGCACUCCCCCCCACUGGCCAUCCCACCCGGGAGCC